AUGUCUACUUUUGGAUUGGAAAAUCAUGAAUGGUUAAAAGAUAUGUACGAUCUUCGAUUUGAUUGGAUACCCUCUUAUUACCAUGGAGAGAAUUUGGCUGGUCUUAUGCGUACUACGUCUAGAUGUGAAAGCGAGAAUUAUUUCUUUGGUCAGUUUUGUAAUCCAAGAUGUACACUUGUUGAAUUUUUCACUCAUUUUGAGACUGCAAUGGAUUUUCAAUGGCAUGAGCAUAGGAGGAAUGAUCAUGAUACAAGGUAUAUUCAGUCUAAGACCUGGGGUGACUUUGUAUUGGAGAAACAAGCAUCAGAAAUAUAUACCAAAACAAUUUUUAAAGAUAUUCAGAUUGAAAUUGAUGCUGCCAUUACAAAGUGUAUGUCAAAGACUCAUGAUACUGUGGGUGAUGUUCAAUAUUAUGAAAUAAAGGAUUUCAAACAGCCAUGCACAUCUUUAUUCAAGGUUCAAUACAACAAACAAGAAGAUGGUUUAAGUAUAAGUUGUACUUGCAAACGAUUUGAACAAUUUGGUUUAUUGUGCCGCCAUAUAUUUUAUGUUCUACGGUAUGAUGAUAUAAAUGAGUUUCCUAGAAGAUAUGUUCUUAGAAGAUGGAUGAGAGAUGUUGUUUCGAAUGGCUCAAUUCAUUGCAAUAUUCGGUUUGAUGAAAUUGGUAGGAGUAGUGAAAUUGAUAAAGUUUUUAGAGAAAUCGUUGUAGCAAAUGAAUAUGUGGUUAAUAGGUUGGUUGGGGAUUUAAAUGAGCCGUGGCGUUACAGAGAUCAUAUUACAGGUUAUAUUGAUAAAGCGGAUGAGGUUAUGGUUGUUGCGCCACCUCCUAGUCGCAAAGAUAGGUUUGCUGAUAUGGGAGGGAACUUAGAAAAGUCUGAUUCUAUGAUUCGUGUCCCGAUCAAAAUAAGGACAAAAGAAUGCGGUGUACAAAAAAGGAUUAAGUCUAAUCGUGAGGUUGCAAUUCAGAAAUCAUCAAAGAUCCAGAAAUCGUGCCGUGUAUGUGGUGGAAAAGGACAUAACAGUCGCACAUGUAAAGAGAAGGUUUCUUCUAAUGCUAUAGGGUCUAGCAAUACAAUGUAA